AUGCCAUGGGAAACCUCAGCUCAGAUUGGACCAUUGCUGGAGCUCUAUAAAUUUCCACAGGUUACCUUUGGCUCAUUUGAUCCUACACUGAUGGACAGCGGCCAGUAUCCUUCUUUCCAUCAGGUGGCUCCAAAGGAGACAUACUUGGUCCUUGCCAUGGUGUCCUUGAUGCUUCAUUUCCACUGGACCUGGGUGGGCCUGCUCAUCACAGAAAGCUAUAAGGGUCUUCAGUUUCUCUCAGAUAUAGGAGCUGAGAUGGACAGGAACAGAGUCUGUGUGGCCUUUGUGGAAAUGGUGUCAACAGCGACUAUACAUCUCUUUCUGAAGAAGAUUCAAUUUUCCAGUCCUUCUGGAGAACUAGUGAAUUUGGAUGAGAGACAGAAACUGGAUUCAGAGUACGACAUCCUCAAUUUUUGGAACUUUCCAGAAGGUCUUAGACUUAAAGUUAAAGUUGACACAUUUUCUUCCCAUGCUCCACAUGGCCAUAAAUUGACUGUAUCUGAGGAUAUGAUAGAGUGGGCCACAGGAGUUGCAGAGACUCCCUGCUCAGUCUGCAGUGAGAGUUGCUAUCCUGGAUAUAGAAAGAGCCCUCAGGAGGGAAAGACUCCCUGCUGUUUUGAUUGCAUCCCUUGUACAGACAAUGAGUUUACCAAUGACACAGCGGAUAUGGAGCAGUGUGUAAAGUGCCCUGUUCAUCAAUAUGCCAAUGCUCAGAAAAAUCAAUGCGUCCAAAAAUCUGUGACAUUUCUGGCUUAUGAAGAACCCCUGGGGAAGGCUCUGGCUGGCACUGCCUUCACUCUCAUUGUGAUCAUAGCUGCUGCUCUUGGGCUCUUUGUGAAGCACAGAGACACUGCCAUUGUGAAGGCCAACAAAAGGGACCUCAGCUACACCCUGCUCAUCUCCCUCACCUGCUAAUUCCUCUGCUCCUUGCUCUUUAUUGGCCCUCCCAACACAGCUACCUGCAUCCUGCAGCAGACCACGUUUGGAGUUGUGUUCACUGUGGCUGUUUCUACUGUCUUGGCCAAAACCAUUACUGUGGUGCUGGCCCUUAAGGUCACUGCUCCAGGCAGAAGGAUUAGGAAGUUGUUGAUAUCAGGGGCACCAAACUACAUCAUUCCGACCUGUUCCUUAGUCCAACUCACUCUCUGUUCAAUCUGGAUGGGGAUAAAUCCACCCUACAUUGACACAGAUGCACAUUCUGAACAUGGCCACAUCAUCAUUGUGUGCAACAAGGGCUCCCUCACUGCCUUCUACUGUGUCCUGGGAUACCUGGGCUCCCUGGCCCUAGUGAGCUUCACUGUUGCUUUCCUGGCCAGGAACCUGCCUGACAUAUUCAAUGAAGCCAAGUUCCUGACCUUCAGCAUGCUGGUGUUCUGCAGUGUGUGGUUCACCUUCCUGCCCAUGUACCAUAGCAGCAAGGGGAAGGCCAUGGUGGCCACGGAGGUCUUCUCGAUCUUGGCCUCUAGUGCAGGGCUUCUUGCCUGCAUCUUUGUCCCCAAGUGUUACAUUAUAUUGGUAAAAGUAGAGAAAAAUUUUCCGACUGGAAUCAGGGACAAAACACAUUUUGUGAGAAAGAAGUCUUCUUAUCAUAAACAUAUUUCCUAA